AUGCCUUCGGCACUUGUUCUUGGCCUGCGGGCCGCCCAGUUUGCUAUGGCCAUGGUCAUUCUCGGUCUUUCUGCCUACGUUGCCAACUGGUAUAACGUCGAUACCUUGACGACAUCUCCCUCGCAGAUUAACUGGCUCCUCUUCAGCUCGCUCUUCACCAUCAUCUCGGUUGCUUACCUCGAACUGACACCCCGUUUUGCUCCUCGAGCAUCUCAUCCCUAUGUAUCCAUCGCCCUCGAGUUCUGCAACGUACUCUUCUACUUCGCUGGCUUCAUCGCACUCUCUGUCUUCAUCAGCAAGCUGCUCUUCUGCCGUGGAACCGUAUGCGGAGCGGCCAAGGCCGAUGUUGCCUUCGGCGUCAUGGAGUUCCUCCUGUGGGGUGUCUCGGCCGUGCUGAUGGGGAAAGAUGUAUUCAAGAUGGGGUUCAACUUCCGCAAAUCAGGCCGCCAAGCCCCUCUCGAAGGCCCGCAAAUGAAGGAGUCCCAGUUGGCCUAG